GUUUCCAGCAGUUUGCUGCUGGUGACUUGCAGCCAGCACAACAUGGACAAAAUCGCGUCCCAGUUUCAGAACUUCAAGGUGCAGCCUUAUCCUCCCUGCACUGUGAAGAAUACGUUCCUCAAUGUUCCGGAGGAGAAUGUGUCCAGCGAUGAAGAGUUGUAUACACCUUUCGAAAGGUGCAACAUGUCCGCGCCUCCAGUCCUUCAGGACCCGGCGUACGUACGGACCGAUAGUUCCGCUGCCUGUGACUACUUCAUGCGGCUUGGUGGACCUUGUUCCCACAUAGUGCAGGUCUCGUUUCCAGAAGAAGGACCUCGAAGGAUGGGAGUUGCCCAAGGACAGUCCUCCAAGGAAGUCGAAGUGGAGAAGAACCCGUCGUGUUUGGAUGACCUAGAGCCACGACCUGGGGUUCAGCCAAUGAAGAGUAAGGGCAGUGCAGGGCAUCCCGACACUUGCAAGGAGUGUACCUUCUACUUCUUCAGUGCUGCUGGAUGCAGAAAUGGUGCAGAUUGCUGCUUCUGUCACGAAUUCCACCCAAGGAAAAACAGCAAGAAGAAUCGUCGCAUCAUGCGCACUCUGCAAACUCGUGAAUCUCACGACGAUGGCAAGGAAGGCAAGGAGGUUUUGAAGGACGCCUGCAAGGACAUCGAAGAGUUGCCACCAUCGAAGCCAGAGGCGAAAGUACAGGAGAAGACGGAACUGAAAGCAGAAGAUUCCAAAGGUGCUGUAGUGGAAGCACAGCAACAACUCUCGGUCGGGGGCGAUGGCAUGCUCCGGGUGACCUACAAUUCCGAGGACAGCGAAGACAGCAGUGCUCCCGUUGCAUUGACGCUGAUGGCAGGACUUCGAACUUGCCUCCGCCCGAAGGUGACCUAUGCGAGUCCGGAAGGGCAACGCUGCCUUGAACCAACACUCGCUUUUGUCGUGCAACCCGCUCUCCCUUCAGGCUUGACCUUGGAUGCCAAGACUGGAAUCAUCAGCGGAACACCUGAAAACAUAUCUUCGAAGGCCGGGGUGCAUAUUGUCACAGUCAAGGUUCCUGCACAGGGCUAUGGCGGUAUUGCACUUGGAGAUGUACCUUUGACUAGCUGCAAACUCUUCGUCACGGUGCGGCCUCUACAGAAUUUUACGAUGAUGAAACUCGCCGGUUCGGAAGUUGUACUGGUUUCAGCAUCAGACCAGUGAACUUCAAGUGUUGUUUUGGCUAGACUGUUUGGCGACCCCCAGACAGCUUUGUGCCCUUGCAGUACUGCGAAUGGGCUGACUGCUGUAAUACUUCGCAGUAAGUGCAGUUGUGUUUCUCUCUUUGCUCACUGAAGGGGUGUUCCUGCCCUGAAUAUGUGCUCUCAAUUGCUCUGUUUGAGCCUCUGGCAAACCCGCUUGUUUCAGUUUUGAUAAGCAAAAAAAGAGGCAGCAGCAAGUUCCAGAUGCUUUCCUGGU